UUCACUUUCAACAACUCAAUUAAGCUGCGUCAAAUUCUUAUUAACACAUCUGUUGUGUGUGAUAUCUUGAUCAUGCUGGAAAUAUCACUUCCCGCUGUCGAUUCGCAGCUAUUUUACGUAUCAAAAUUAGAAUCAGUUCAAUGUUCUUUUGAAGUUAAAAGUGGUCUCAUUUACCUCCGUUGAGAGAGUUUAUCGCAGUGUUUUUUUUCUUCAAUACUGAACUUCAACCAUUCGUGUUAUCAAAUUGAAUUGAAAUCAUUUAGGAAAAAAAAAUUCAAAAUUUGUUCAAUUUCUUAUCAUCCUAGCUGUAUUUUCAUUUUAUUGUCUUUUGAAAUCGGAAUACUCCGCUGUAAAUAAUAAAUUGAAAGAAAGAAUAAACAAAUGAUUCUGACAUUUAUUGCAUAAUAAUGAAUCGAGUUUAAGUUCACAAAACAACGUAAAAAUCAAUUGAAUAAAAAGUGAUGUGUGCUUGAUAACCUUGCCUCAUAAUAUUAUAUAUCACAAAUAGUGUGCGAUUGAUCGAUUCGCACUCUUCGAAAGUGCUAAUUCAUUUCACGUAAUAAUAAAAAUGAUUUAUAUAUGAAAAUGUUGUAGUUGAUCGUAGUUAACGAUGAUGACGAUGACGACGUCACGCAAAUAAAUUGAUUUCAAUUGAAUUAAAACGCAUUUGAAUGAUAAAAAUUUCAAGAUUGACAUCGCUUCAUUCAGCGAGUAUAUUGCUAGUUUCCUGCUUGAACGCGCGAUAGUCACAAUAACAGAAGUGUGUGAAAUUCAUUCGAUUGUGGUCGUAUUUUGUGAUAUUCAAUUUGUAUGUUCAUGAAAUUCCAUAUUUGUGAAAAAGUAUGUUUUGAUCGUAUCGAAAAAAUAGAUACGCAGCCUAUCAAACGGUGAGACAAUAGAAGAAUCCAAAUGAAAACGAUCAAAGGCUAUUUUAUGAUCAAAAUAUGACACUUUGAAAUAGUUCUUUUUCGGAAGUGAAACAAUUCAUACGCAAAAUGGAUAAAGUAAUUCGAAUUUUAAUAGCAAUAGCUGUGUUUUGUUCAGCAUUUGUGAGUUGUAGCCGAAUAUUGGUGCUAUUUUACCACCCAGGCCCGAGUCAUUUCCAUUCGUAUUAUCCUCUAUUCAAUGAACUCGCCGAACGCGGUCAUAAUGUUACCGUUUUAAGUUACCAACAUGUGAAUGGUGCCCACAAAAAUUACAAUGAGUUACUUUUAAGCGAUAUACCCGUUAUCAAUGGAUCUAUCACCUACGAUAUGAUGUUGCCAUUAGAUCGCAGCCUUUUUACAAUGCAUGCAGAGCUAUGGGAACUGUAUAAUUUAGCUGAAUUUGAACGAGAUUUGGCAUUGCAUUCACCGCAAAUCGAUUUAAUAUUAGAAGCUCAUCGCAAACAACCGUUUGAUAUAGUUUUGGUCGAACAAUUCAUCACUGAAUUUUAUUUGGGACUGAUCCAUAAGCUCAAUGUGUCAUUUAUCGGAUUCUCGACGUGCGCGUUGCCACCACAAUACUACAGUCCGAUUAAUUUACCUGAUUUACCAUCGUAUGUCCCAUUUGCAUUUUCCGAAUAUUCAUGGGAUAUGAACUUAUACGAACGCACGGUCAACUGGUUGACAGUGAAAUCAUGGAAACUUCUUUACAAAUUUAUUCAGCGGCGCGACAAUGAAGAAAUACGUAAACGCUUUGGCAAUGAUAUACCAGGAGUUGCUGAUAUUGCUAAGAAAAUCAGUUUAACAUUCGUAAAUCAGCACUAUUCCUAUACCGGUCCAAAGCCGCUAUCUAAUCAAUUAAUUGAAGUGAGUGGUCUUCAUAUUAAGCCUGAAGAACCAAUACCUCAAAAAUUGAAAGAAAUCCUCGACAAUGCGAAGAACGGUGUUCUGCUAGUCAGUUGGGGUGGAAAUGUGAAAAGUUCAUCGAUGCCCGAGCAUAUUCAACAUGAACUUGUAAAAGGAUUUGCCAAACUAUCGCUACAAGUUAUUUGGAAAUGGGAAAAUGUGUCGAUGCAGGAAAUUGUUUCGAAGAAUGUUUUCACAACACCGUGGCUAUCUCAACAAGACAUUUUGUGUCAUCCAAAUGUGAAGGCAUUUUGGACGCACGGUGGAAAUUUGGGAACAAUCGAAACCGUUCACUGUGGCAAACCAGCCAUUAUUACGCCUUUCUACGGUGAUCAAUAUUUGAAUGCGGCAGCACUCAAUCGGCGUGGAAUGGGAUUCAAACUAGAUUUACUGGAAAUCACCGCUGAUAAAAUUUAUGACGCCGUUCAAAAGAUACUACAACCCAAAGUUGUUGAGGCAGCCAAAAAGGUUUCGUAUGAACAUAGAAAUCGACUGAGAUCACCGCUUGAAACUGCCGUCUGGUGGGUUGAACAUACAAUCGCAACAGGUGGCUUUGAACUUGGCAAAGCAUACACAACCGAUAUGUGUUGGUUUACCUACCAUUCAAUUGAUGCGAUAACACUCAUUUUAUUAUCACUCAUAUCAGCUACCUACAUACUUAAAGCUUUGCUCACGCAACUAUUCAAAUGUUGCUGUUGUCGUGCAAGAAACGUUCAUGACCCAGCCAAGAAGCAUAACUAGUUAGUCAAUUGAACGAAGAAAUUAUUCAAAACAUUCAAUGAUUUUAACAGUUUUUUGUUGUUGUCAAAUAUGAGUCAAGCGCUUUGUAAUUUGUAAAGAAAUGAAUAAAUAAAUAAAAUGAUUGUAAA